CAAAAAAUUAAAGAAAAUGACUAAUGUUUGGAAUAAAUUAACAACACAAUUAAGUACUUGGCUAGCUGAUGUCCCUCCAAAUAAAAGAAAAAAUAGAGAAGACGAGAAUAUCGAAGAAAGAAAUUGCCGUCUUCGUUCAACAAAUUCCCUUUCCACACUUAACCAAAAACAUUUAAUUAAAGCAGCAACGGCCGCAACAAGAUCAAAAAGCUCUGAAAAUUUGAAUAGAAUUAAUUUAGGGAAUAAACAAUUGCUAAUUUCUUCACUAAAUAAUUGUGAACUAAAUGGGGAUUAUCGUUGUCCUUGCUGUCAACAACCUACAAAUUUAUCUUCUCCUUCUGCUGCAUUUUCACAAGCUUUGAUAUUAAAUAAAGCAAAUACUAGCACAACAACAACACCAAAAAAUUCUGAUAUUCCAAGUAAUGGAUUUUGUAGUGGAGGGAAAGAGAGUGGAUAUUCUAGUGCUAGUCCUAGAAGAAAAAAUUUGCACAAAACAGCUACAGUUGGUGUUGUCGGUAAUUUAACAUCAGUCACAACCUCCUCUUCUGCUUCUCAACAAUUUUUUCAAAAAUUUCGUUCUCGUGAAAAAAAUCGAGAAAAAGAUGGUAGAGACAGUUUCUAUUGUUCUUCGUCUGCUGCAACUUCUGGGACUUCAACCAGCAAUAAUGCAACAAAUAAUACAAACUUGGGUGUAAAUGGUAGUGAAUGUAACUUUAGUUGUUGCACACAGAAAAAAGGUUGGUGGCGCUCUUCAGUUCAUUCCCAUUUAACAACAACAGAAAAGGAAAACACAACAACAGAAAACGAACAAACAUUAAACGACCAACAACAACAACAAAACAUUCAUUUUAGACGUCCAUCAGAACCGACAAUUUCAAACGAACAACAAAACAUUCAAAAAAAUAACCAAUUAAAUAAUUAUUCUGAUUUAACUCCAAAUUAUUUAAUUUCUCCCCCAAAAAAGAAGAUUGGGCCAAAAAAGACAAAAUCUACUUUUUCUAUUUUAUUUCCACAUAAUUUUCACCCACACCUUCCAAUGAGCUUUUCUUGGAAUAAUAAUUUAUCAAGUGCUUCUUCCCCUUCCCAUAAAUUAACAAAAACAAAGAAAACACAACAACCGCCUCCUGAUCCGGCACCCGAAUAUUGUAAAAAUAAAUUUUAA